CCACAUAAUGGGAUGUGCCACCGCGUCGCUCCGCUGCUUUAAGCCCCAGCAGGUCAACAUAUUGAGCGCAGGAGGCGGCGCGACAUGCGCUGAGUCUCUGCGUGGCGUCCUGCGUGGGCUCGGUGCCGCUCAGCGGUCGUGAUAUUUUCGAAGUCCAAAAAGGAGACAACUCGGCUUUUUUUUUCUCCCCCAAGACGUGGAGGUUUGAGGGCACCCACUUGGGCUGGAUCUGUCGGUUCGGUCGGUCCACUCAGCAUCCCGCCAUGACCGUGACAGCGGCACGAAGCAGCCCGGCCUGCACUCCCCGCACACCGGCAUGGGUGCGUCCCCGGCACGCUCGCUUUUACAGAUGAGGAUUUGCGGCGCGGUUGCGCAAUGAGACAAUCCGGAAUCGAGUAUCGAUACAUAAUCUGAACAAUAUGGCCGAUCAGAGCAACAUCCAAUCCGCCGCCUCCAAGAGCAUCCGGCCUUUUAAAUCCAGCGAGGAGUACCUGUACGCCAUGAAGGAGGACCUGGCAGAGUGGCUCAACACCCUCUACGACCUGGACCUGACCGCGGACACCUUCAUGGAUGGUCUGGAGACCGGCUGCGGCUUGUGCCGGCACGCCAACAACGUCAACCGGGCCGCCCAGGACUUCCAGCUGGAGUACCCGGAGGCGGCCCAGUCCAUGAAGCUGCCCCGCAAAGACGUGGUCUUCCAGUCUCGCAACGUCAGCCCGGGUUCCUUCCUGGCCCGGGACAACGUGUCCAACUUCAUCAGCUGGUGCAGGCAGGAGCUGCGGAUCAAAGACGUGCUCAUGUUCGAGACCAACGACCUGGUGGAGAAAUGCAACGAGAAGAACUUCGUCCUCUGCCUGCUGGAGGUGGCCCGGCGGGGGUCCAAGUUCGGCAUGCUGGCCCCCAUGCUGAUCCAACUGGAGGAAGAGAUCGAGGAGGAGAUCCGAGACCACCAGGGCAGCCUGCAGAUGAGCCGGGUGCAGCAGGACCAGGUAGACCUGGAUGUGCCGGAGGAGCAGAGCCCGUCCAGCAGGGGUUUCAGCCGCAAGGAGAGCUGCCACAGCGUGGAGGACGAGCCGGAACCAGAACCUUUUGUCUGGCCUCAGAAGAGAGUUUUAUGCGACAUGAGAAACCUGGACGAGCUGGUCCGGGAGAUUCUGGGCCGAUGUUCCUGUCCUGCACAGUUUCCUAUGAUCAAGGUGUCAGAAGGAAAGUACAAAGUAGGAGACUCCAGUGCACUGAUCUUCAUAAGGGUCCUUCGUACUCAUGUGAUGGUGCGUGUUGGAGGGGGCUGGGACACGCUGGAGCACUAUUUGGACAAGCAUGACCCGUGUCGCUGCGCUGCCUUUGCCCAUCGCUACCAUCAGGCCAAAGGUCAAGGCCAGGGAGCCCAGAGCAAGUCCUCCAGUGCGCAUUCGUCCCGCUCCACAAGCCCCGGUCCACACUGGCGCAACGACGGCAUGGCGCCCUACAAAGUGACCUCCUGCGGACCGUGUGCCUCUUCUUCCUCCGCAAAGCCGGGCCACCCUCAGAACUCCUCUGCUGAACCCGAACCUCGUAUUGUUCUUCCACGGCCGCCCAGAGACCGCUCGGAACCACGCCCCUUCAACCCUGUCAGGAAUAGGGAGACAAAGCUGCCGGUGACCCGUCGUCUGUCAGCAGACAGUGACUCUUCCACAGCUUCCUCCAAAGGAGGAGGAAGUGGACGCGCCUCCCUCGGUGGGACACUACCCCGCUCUAGUGAAGAAGUCGUCCUCCUUGUCAAUCGCAAGGAGGGCAAGCAUGUGAUCGAGAGGCCCGGGAACCAGAGCUCCCCUCGUAGCGCGUUGCCCCGCGCCCGUAGUCAGUCUCGGGAGCGUUCGGCGCUCACAUCGGUACUGAAACCUAGCCCGCCGCAAGCCUCCGACGGCGUACGGGGCUCGCGCACGGAGAGGGGUCGAUCCCUUGCAAACGAAGGCCCCAGAAGGUUCCACGCUCCCCGCUCUCACAGCCAGGGUAAGGUGCCUGCACAUACUCGGUCCACUGAAGUCAUAGCAGGGCCUGGUCCCUGCCACAGGGAACCUCUACCGGCAGAGAGACGGGAGGACUUUCGCAACAAACAGAUUCCUCCUUCUUCCCCUAGAAUCAGCGGUGUGUUCUCCAAGAGGCAAUCAUCCUCGUGCUCCAACUCCCCCAUUAAAGGAGUCCAAAACAGCCCCAAUAAAAAGUCAGUAAACACGCCUAGACCUCCUCGCUCACCAUCCACAGGAAAAGGCAGACUGCUGCCCCCGGUUACUUCAGGGGGGCGCCGUUCUCCUCAUUCCUCCCCACGGAAUACUCACCAUCAACCCGCACGCGCUCUCCGAUUGUCCCAUGGCGCUCGGCCUAACGGGCGAAGCCUCGGUAGGAACUGUUCUGGGCUGGAUCAUCAACAGCCUGAAGGGGAAGGAUUGGGCCUCCAGAUGCUUCCAUCGCUGGACCCCCAGAGAGAGCAAGACCUGUAUCGCAGCUUGGAGGCCGAGUACUUAGCCAAUACAGGACAAACCAGAGGAAUUGGCCUACAUUGUCCUAGAACUCAGUCAGUGCCAACACUCACUGAUUGCAACAUCACAGAUUCUGCUUAUUCCUCCUCGAACUCGUCCUCUUCCUCCUCGGGCACCAAGAUAGGUGCCCUGCCGAACCUAAAGGAGUCCAAAAGACCCCUAGAAGACCCCUUGAAUCUACUUACCUUUGGGGGAUCACACACAUUUGGUCAAGGAGAGACUGAACACUGGAGGGGGUUUGGUUUGAAGAAGCUCCCGGCCAUUCCUAGCGUAUCCGUGGAGGACCCAAAAAGACUUGUCCACCAGGGAGCUCCUCAAGUUAUGAAUGGAGACCACGGCAGUCCUCCUCCAGAGGGCCAACCAGAUCCCGGCUGGCGCACAACUCCACAGAAUCCCCAUCUAAGCUUACCGUAUGAUGCACACAGCGAUGACAGCGAUGGAGUCCCGCCCCCACAGACCGUCCCUCCGUCCGAGGACUGCUCCUUCCAGGAUUCAUCCAGCGAAAACUCCUCCAUGUGCUUCAGCCUCAGCGAGUCACACUCCGAAUCCCCGCCGCCGUCGUCCCCCCUCGCCAACGGCGACACGUCUAUAGACGGGCCGCACGCUAAAAAAGAGCUAAAGAAGAGCGACAGUUUGAUUUCAAAGCACAAGCUGACAAAGAUGAGACCUCGCGCCGACAACGGGCCGGCAAACAGUCCCUCGCGUAUCCCGACGCUUGUCAGCUUCAGGGACGCGCAGGUCUCACCCUGCCGCACGCCGCCACUCUCCCCUCAGACCUCCCGCCGUGGCCCUCGCAACAUCCUGAUCACCGAUGUGGUUCGUCCGCAACCUUGUUCUCCCGCCAUGGGCUGCAAAGAUCGCACCUUCCCUGCCAAGUCCGGGAGCUUAGACACUGAAGCUUGGAUGUGAGACUACUGGGUAAAAAAAAAAAGACUGUAUUGCAUGUCACAUUGCUUUUAUUUUGCACUCAAGCCAAAAUAUUUAUUACCAAAGGAACAUUUUUGCCAAUUAUUUGUAACAUUUGCAGAGCAACCAUGUGCCCCAUGAAGGGGUGUGGUCAAGUGCCAGAAGGUUUAAAAACUGUCCAGAACAUACAACUUUGGCGCCCUCUUGUGGUCUGUUUUGGCCUUGCAAGUCACCCCCUUCCAUUUUAGAAGUCUGGAUUGGACUCAGCAUACAUUUUCCAAUACACACAUGUUUUUUGUUAGAUGCAGUAAAUCCAUUCAAGGUCAUUAGGCUGUUAUUAUCACUGACAUAAAUGUGCUUAUUUGCCUCCAACCAAACUGUGUGAUAGACAUGUACAGCUUAGAGUGAAUGUGUAAAUAUACAAACUACAUGUUUUUGUGCCCCCGCUGAGCAUUGUGGGUGCAUUGUGUAUAUAAGAUGGCAAUGUACAUAGCUGGUGUAUUAAGACGUCCUGGGCUGCCUUAGCUAUGCAAUAUCGGUGAUAAAACAACAACAACAACAACAAAAUUGCCUUGACGAUUCCCUUUUGCCUUAAAAUAUUCUCACAGGUUUAAGUUUUGAAUGUUUUCGUUACAAAAUCACUACAUGGCCAUCAUGAAUGGUUAUCAGAAUGAGAGAAUGUUGGCCAAUUUGAAUUCAAUGUACAAUUCAUGCCUACCAAUCCAAAUGUGGUCAUAAGUGCAAAAACAGGCCUAUCGUCCACAGGAGAAAAUGUUCUGCUGCUAAUUGAUCAAAAGCCUCUUUUCAGAUUGAUAAGGAGUGAUUUUUAAAGCUGCACAAACACCGCUAUGUAACACGAUUUAAAGGCUUCCGCUACAGUUCAUUCGAAAGUGGAAAAACGGGGAGGAUUGUUGGUGUCAGGGCCUUUCAAAAUGGUUAUAUUAGCAGCAGUAACAACACGAGCUAUAAUUUGUGUAAUGAAAUUGGAUUAAUGAGACAUUUCAGGCCACUUAACUGGGUUUACAAGGACUGUGCAUAUAUAUACAUGUGUACAUAUUGAAUGAGCGCAAUGAAAGAUGGUCCUAUUUAUUUAUUUAUAAAGUGAUGUCUCACUGGUACUGUAAAUGAAUGCUGGACGAAAGAAGGAAAAAAAACAUGUAUUUCUGUGCUUCCUUUAUUUAAUUUUAAUUGUUUUAAAAAAAAAUCAUACCACUUUCAAACUGUUAGUUGUUUAGUAGACUUGCAAAUCUGAAUACGUUAUUUUUAUCUUGUAAAGGUCUUUAAAAUGGGUUAAAUACAGAUAAAAGUCUGUCAGCAAAGAGAGUCAACUUUUCAAUCUAAUCUGCAACUUAACGGUCUUUUCUCUGCCCCCAAACCAGCAAAAUCUGAAUGUUCCGAAUUGUCUUCGACGCUGAUGCCUAAAGUCGGUCUAUUAAAUGCACAACUUGUGAACCUUUUGAUGUACAAAGAAAACUGCAAUACUUCACAGUGGUUGUUGUUUCUUUCACAGGUGAAAAUGCUGUGGCGUUGUUCUUGUAAUAAAUACUUUUCUCUGAAG